AUGACGACCACCGUGCUCAAACACUCUAUUCGCCAUCUCGCCGCUAUAGCCCAAGACGCCAUCAACGAAUGCAAAUCGUCCUGGGGUCCAAUUCGCCCUUUUCCAACUCUCGACGCGACCGCUUGGAAACUGUUCUCCGAUAUCAAGGCACUCAUGACAUUCAAGGACCGCGGCCUUUCAAUUACGGACAAACUACUGGGGGAGUUGCUGAACGCAAUUGAGCCAUGUUUUGCUGAGCGGGAGGCUUUGGAAAAGGCUCUUCUUUCCUCAGUCACAAUCAAGAAUAUACUUGUACAUGCUGGCAACGACCCUGACAGUCUCCAUCCGUGGCCACAGGACGCUGGACCUAAACCCAGUAUUCUGGUUAGCUGGGCAAUAUACGUCGGUGCAAACACGAUGCUUAACCCUCGGCUCAACUCCGACGCGCAACUUCGCCUCUAUUUUCAACAUAGCUUUGCUUUCCUCAUCACAACUGCUUCGCAAGCAGUUCGUAAUGUAAUCAUCCCCGAAAUACCCCAUAUACCCAGCGCAAUUGAAUCGCAACAACCAAUCAAGCGCACUCCCGAAAAGACCUUGCCAAAGAACCCUUCAUCUUCUUCUCCGAGCACUCCAAUACGUGCUGGCCGCUACAACGAUGUCCUCAAUACCACACAAUUGCCCAUCAUGCUACCCCCCCUCCGUUUCACAUUUGAUACCUCAAUCAAGCUAGCUCCCGCACUCGCCUCUCCAAAAACUUUCGAAUCUCGUUUGGGUGCAUUUGCAUGUCUUAUACGCAAGAUUCCGCCUCCAGAGAGUGUAUUUCCUUUGUCGCCACUUGGUUCCCAGCCAUCACUCGCUUCCAUAGCGGCACCCUUUGCUUCCACCCUGCCAGUUAAUUUCAAGUCAACAAGAACUCGCUCUCGCUCGCGUCCCCGUCCCCGUACUACCAAGCCGUCUUUUGGCCGCCCACGACACCUUUCUCCGCCCAGCCGUUUGCCUCUUGGACGAAGUCACUGGAUUGAUUUUCGUAGACCAAACUCGUUGGUACGGUCAUGGCCUCCCCGGAAUCAGCCAAUCAAAGCAACGCCGCCUGCCAAGCGUCAACGUGUUUUAGAGCCAGCGCCGCCAUCCCGUCCUGCAACAACAACGGAGACUGCAGAAGCGGCCGUGCUGCCUCAGCCGUGCAAGCAAGGAGAGCUCACUGGUGCAAGUACGAUUCCUGCUGCAUUCGAUUCUCGUGUCGUGUCUGGAGAAAGUGGGUUGAACUUCGACUAUGUCCAUCAAACGAGUGCGGCUGCGAAACGGUCUUGGAUCGAAGCCAUGCUUGCAUCGUGA